UUUUCUGUAUAGGAAUACCAACUAUUUCAGAUUUUACUUUAAAAUGAGAUCUAUUUGGUUGGGAACGUUUGUAUUCCUCUGCCUAUCAUUGUCAUCUUGCUUUGCGACCAACGAUGAGGCGUGCAUGUCCGUAAUGCGACAGUUGGUCAGAGACCAAACAAAAGGAAGUAUGGACAAAGUAAACCCAGUUGGGUGCAACAAUUGCGAGUCUAGACCAGGUAAGCGUGGUCCUUUGGGACCUCCUGGAGACCGUGGGCCAAAAGGUUUGAAAGGAGACGCGGGUUCUUGCGUAUGUGACCUGAGUGAGGUAGAAAGGCUAAAACAGCAAUUAAGCAGACAAGAAGAAAUUUUACAAAGAGUUGGACGUCUUGUAAAAGGUGUUUGUUACGUUGGAAUCUCUUCAGGUCUUGUGCCGAUAUCUUCGAUUACAGCCUCAUCUACACAUCCUCAUUGUCCCCUUGUCAACAUACCGCUCAAUUCUCGCAUCUCAUGGUGUUCGUUGGCGAGUCGAUCUGGUGAAUGGGUGCAAGUUGAUCUUCAAAAACCUCGACCAAUCACCGGUGUAGUUACACAAGGAAGAUACAGGCACAGCCAGUAUGUCAAGUCAUAUAAAGUACAAUAUGGAAAUUCGGUCUCGGCUUUACGAACAUACCAAGAAAAUGGAUCGGAAAAGAUUUUCAAAGCAAAUAGCAAUGUGGACACUCCUGUUGAAAAUCGCUUUGAAGAAGCAAUAGUGGCCAGAUAUAUCAGGAUUUAUCCAGUUGAAUACUACCUUCACAUGAGCCUGAGACUUGAAUUACUGGAUUGCUGACGACCGACAUAAACUGUCGUGAAUAAAUUAGUAAACAUUUUACUAAAAGAGCAGUUUCCUUUCUAGUAGAGCCAUUGUUUAAAUCUAUCCAUAUAUAACUCUAUAUCCCUAUCCCAUUCCUUGUAUUUCACUUGUCUUUAUGUCACACCCUGAAUUGGUAUUUGCUUUCAUCCUAACUGUAAGAGAAAAUAUUUACUGUGUUUUACGGUUACAAUUAAAUGCUUUAUAUAUAAUUAAUUAUCAAUCAAUUCACUCUCCGUGCCUUAAACAUUAGAAGAUUUUGAAGACUUUCCAUAUUUUUUUUCGAAUUCCCAAAGGUUUACCUAUUGUAAGUUGUAACCACUCAUACCGGAAGAAAUUCCUAUUAUCCUUGGAAGAACCGAAUAUACAAUGUAGUUGCGUAUCUACCGCAUUUUAAUGGGGUUCUAACGAAGAUAUUAAACGUACUUGGUUAGUUCCGAAGCACCGGAGUGUUAAUUUAUUUCAGUGAUUCUCAUACUUUUUAAGCCACGCCCCCUUUCUUGAAUUUGUCAAGUUUCGCGCUCUGACUCAAAAAUAACGAGCUAAAUAUAAGCUACAAAUAGGAGGUAGUAAGGCGAAAGUAUAUUUUAUUCAAAAACACUUUGAAAAUACGUGGAUGGAACGUGAAUAUCAAAAAUAAAAAAAUGUUAAUACCCAAAAUGAGGCGGGCAGUUCAAAUCUAACAAAUAUUUUUAUUUUUAAUUAGCUUCACGCCAGCUUAAAAAUCUUCUACCCUCUCUUGUGCGGCGCGCCCCACCGUUCAAGGACCACUGAUUUAUUCCAUCGUUCUAAUAGGUGCUCCCGUAGUAUGUGCACCACCAAGAUGGCGCACAACCUGGAUAUAGUAUGUGUGUCAAGUUAGGGUUCAGCCUGUGCGCUAUCUUGGUGCACAUACCACGCGAGCGCCUUCUAAUGUUCCUAGAAAAUAGUAUAUCUGUUGAAGUGGGUGAGAUUGAAGGAUGGCCGCGCUAUGGUCCACAAAAAAAAAAAAUAAAAAAAUCCGGAAAAAAAAACAACGUUUUGAAUUUUUCACGACUCAUAUAACAAUAUUGAAGUAAUAAAUUUUGCGGCUGUGUGUUUGAA